AUGUCUGCUCAAAUCAAGGGCAUUGAAUCGCUUCAAUGCGAAUAUGUCGUCCCUGACAACGAUACACCACAACUUCCUCGUUGGUCCGACACACACAUUCAACGCCCUGCUCUUAUAGUUACCCCAAAGACCGAAGAAGAUGUAAAAGAUGCCAUUCGUGUCGCGAAUGAGAACAAGCUUAUCAUCGUUGCUGCUGGCGGAGGCCAUGGAACGUUUGUCAGCGUGGACCCAGCAUCCCUGUACCUCGACAUGAAGCUCUUCAAGAAGAUUGCACUGAACAAGGAUGAAGGAACUGUGAAGGUUGGUGGUGGCGUCAUCGUCGGAGAGGUACUGAAGACCUUGGCAGACGAGGGCUACUACACUCCCAUUCCCAACUCUGAUGCCGUUGGCUUUGUGGGAAGUAUGCUUGGAGGUGGGAACAGUGCUCAGAUUGGCCUUCAUGGAUGGAUGGUCGACAACAUGGUUUCGUUCCGACUUAUCACUGCUUCAGGCGACAUUGUAGAAGUCGAUUCUUCGUCAAAGGACAAGGAACAAUCUCUCUUCAACGUCCUCUGCGGCGCGGGUCAUGGACUCGGUGUCGUCACGGAGCUGACUGUUUCCGCAUUCCCACUUUCGAGUCUCAACAUGGAGGACAACAAAAUAUGGACAAGGUCGCUCAUCUUUCCUGCUCCAGCACUAGAUAUCGCUAUCAAUGCCUUUCUGGAUCUGAGCCACCCUCCAGCCGAAGGAUACAUGAGCUUGGCGUUUGCACGAAGUCCUCCUGGUACUCCAGCAGCUGGAUCUCCAAUCAUCAUUCUGGGGUACCAGUAUUUUGGUCCUGCUGAGCAGGCUGAGAAAGCAACGACCUUGCUUUUCCAGGACGACGUCGUCAGCAAAACCGUCGUGGCAAACACAGAGCUAUUGCCAUUUGAGAAUGUCAAUGCCAAGAUGAACAUCUACAACUCUCACCACGGCCACAAAACCAUAGCAUCCUGUCGGCUUCACAAAACCACAGCCGAAGCCAUAAAAGCUGGCUUCGAGAAAUGGCGCAUCGCAACGGAGGACUAUCCUGAUGCUCAACAAUCAAGUCUCAUAAUCUCAGCAUACAACAUCGACAAGACUUCAGCGAUCAAGAAUGAGAAGUUCGUAGAGGGCAGGGAUAGAAACAUCAAUGCGUUUAUGGUGAUGGUGGCCAAAGAGGACAAGACAAGAGAAGCGUUUGGGCCAAUUCUGGAUGAUGUAGUUGCGGGUUUUAGAAAGAGUGAUGAGGGGAUGGUGCCGAGAAGUUUUCCGAAUAAUUUGAGGCCUGGGAAGGACUUGAGUGAAAUGUAUGAUACGGAGAGGUUGGAGGUUUUGAGGGAUGUGAAGAAGACUUGGGAUGCUGAUGGCGUGUUUUGGUCGCCUUACUUUAAGGCUGUUUAA